CUUGCGUGGCAGGGGGCGGGGCUUGGGAUGCCUUUUUUUCCCCGCCAAAGGGAAUGUGUAUUGUUAGUUUUGUCCCUUUAUGUUGUCCCCAUCCAUGGCUCCUAUAAUAUUUCUGCUCUGCUUGCUGAUGCUCACUGCUUGUUCCAAGCCAAAGAAAGAUAAUUUAUUAGUUUUGACUGUGGCCACAGAGGAGACAGAAGGCUUCCAACGCUUCCGACAAUCCGCUAAGUUCUUCAAUUAUGACAUUAAGGUCUUGGGAUUGGACGAAGGCGACCAGAAACCCCUUGGAGGUGGUCAGAAGGUCCGGCUGUUGAAAGCAGCCUUGGAAAACUAUGCGGACAAAGAGGAUUUGGUCAUCCUUUUCACAGAAAGCGACAAUGCCCUCUUUGCCUCCGGACCCACAGAAAUCCUCAAGAAAUUCAAACAGGCCGCAUCCCGGGUGGUAUUUUCGUCUGAGACUCUCAUCUAUCCAGACCGAAGGCUGGAAUCCAAAUAUCCUCAGGUUCGGGAAGGGAACCGCUUCCUUGGAUCUGGAGGGUUUAUUGGUUCUGCCCCGUUUCUCAGCAAAAUGCUGGCGGAUUGGUCCGGUCCAGACAGCGCCAGCGACCAGCUGUUUUACACCAAGGUUUUCUUAGAUCCGGAAAAGAGGGAGGGCCUCAAUAUCACUUUGGAUCACAGGUGCCGCAUCUUCCAAAACCUCAAUGGAGCCCUUGACAACGUGGUCCUGAAAUUUGAAAAGGGGCGCGUGAGAGCAAGGAACCUGGCCUUCGAUACGCUCCCGGUCCUGAUCCAGAGCAACGAAGCCACCAAGCUGCAGCUGAACUACUUGGGCAACUACAUCCCUCAGAGCUGGACUUUCGAGACGGGAUGCACUCUUUGCGGAGAAGGCCUGAAGGACCUCACAGACCUGGACGAGGGAGUCUUCCCCGUGGUCCUCCUGGGGGUCUUCAUUGAGCAGCCCACCCCCUUCCUCUCCCAGUUCUUCCAACGGCUGCAGAAGCUGCGAUACCCAAAGGGACGCAUCCAGCUCUUCAUCCAUAACAGUGAGGAGCACCAUGUCUCCCAAGUGACGGCCUUCCUGAGUGGACACAGCGGGGAAUACCUCUCGGUCAAAGCCCUCGGGCCGGAUGACCGCCUGGACAGCGCCGAGGCUCGGGACACGGCCACGAACCUGUGCCGGCAGGACCCCCGCUGUGAGUAUUUCUUCAGCCUGAACGCCGAAGUGGUGCUCGAGAACCCGGACAGCUUGCGGAUCCUGAUCCGGCAGAACAAGUUUGUCCUGGCUCCGCUGGUCAGCCGCAUUGGGAAGCUGUGGUCCAACUUCUGGGGGGCCCUCAGCGCCGAAGGCUAUUACGCCCGGUCCGAGGACUAUAUGGACAUCGUCCAGGGGAGGAGGAAGGGCCUCUGGAACGUCCCAUACAUCUCCAGCGUCUACUUGGUCCAAGGAGGCCUCCUCAGGUCCCGAUUCUCAAACCCCAAGCCCUUCCAUCAUGGCAAACUGGACGCUGAUAUGGCCUUUUGCCACAAUCUCCGGGAACAGGGUAUCUUCAUGUUUGUGACCAACCAGCAGCCCUUCGGCCACAUCCUGUCCUUGGAGGACUAUGAGACGACCCACCUCCACAACGACCUUUGGCAGAUCUUCAGCAACCCAGAGGACUGGAAGGAGAAAUACAUUCACGAAAACUACACCGCGGCCUUAAAGGGGAAAGGAGUGGAAACGCCGUGUCCAGAUGUUUACUGGUUCCCCAUAUUUACCGAUGCGGCUUGUGACGAAUUGGUCGAGGAAAUGGAGAACUUUGGCCAGUGGUCCCGAGGAGACAACACCGACAGCCGCAUCCUGGGGGGCUACGAGAACGUGCCCACCAUCGACAUCCACAUGAACCAGAUCCACUUUGAGCGCCACUGGUACCGCUUCCUCCUGGACUACAUCGCUCCCAUCACCGAGCACCUCUACCCCGGCUACUACACCCAGACCCAGUUUGAGCUGGCCUUUGUGGUGCGCUACAAACCGGACGAGCAGCCCUCGCUGAUGCCGCACCACGACGCCUCCACCUUCACCAUCAACAUCGCCCUCAACCGCGUCGGGAUCGACUACGAGGGGGGCGGCUGCCGCUUCCUGCGCUACAACUGCUCCAUCCGGGCCCCCAGGAAGGGCUGGACCCUCCUGCACCCGGGGCGCCUGACCCACUACCACGAGGGGCUGCCCACCACCCGCGGCACGCGGUACAUCGCCGUCUCCUUCCUCGACCCAUAGGGGGCCCCACUUCCGCCUCCACUUCCUCUUCACCCUCUACUUCCUCUUCCUCUACCACUUCCUUUUCUUCUUCUACCUCCACUUCCUCUUUCACCCACUUCCCCUUCCUCUUCUGCCUCCACUUCCCCUUCCACUUCUGCCUUCUCU